AUGUCGGCCACUGCGUUAUUCGGUAACACAUCCGGCUUGGGUGGCAGCUCUGGCGGUAACAAGCACCUGGUGGAAUUUCGUGCAGGCAGAAUGACUCUUAAAGGUCGUAUGGUUCACCCUGACAAAAGAAAGGGUCUUUUAUACGUGUACCAAGGGGAAGAUUCGUUGAUGCACUUUUGUUGGAAAGAUCGUACUACUGGCGAAGUGGAGGAUGACUUGCUAAUAUUUCCUGACGAUUGCGAGUUUGUACGAGUGAAUGAAUGCACAACAGGCAGAGUUUAUGUUCUCAAGUUCAAGUCGUUUUCAAAGAAGUAUUUCUUUUGGAUGCAGGAACCAAAAACUGACAAAGAUGAUGAUUAUUGUCGCCGUAUUAAUGAGGCAUUGAACAAUCCUCCUACGUCUGGAGGUCGCGGGGGUGGUGGAAGUGGUGGCCAAGAUGGAGAGCUACAAAACAUAUUGAAUAACAUGUCCCAGCAGCAGCUGAUGCAGCUCCUUGGAGGAGUCGGACAAAUUGGAGGAUUGUCUUCCUUACUCGGCACCAUGGGUAACAAUAGUGGCAGUAACAGCGGUAAUACUAGUGCUCGGCCCUCUGCGGGUAGUGGCAAUAGCAGCCGCGGCGGCAGUGCUCCCCGCACCACGGAGUCUAGCACCACUCGCACGCCGUCACGUGCGCGCGAUGUACCUGCUCCCACUGCCACUCCGCCCAAUACAGCUACAGCUGCUCAGCCACGUGAUGGUGCAGGUGGGCAGAUCUACUUGUCAGACUUGCAGCGCUACUUCUCUGGGCUCGGUAAUGCUCCACCAGAAGGCGAUGCCGGAGCCGGCGGCGCAGCGACGGCUGGUGGCGCGGCUGGAGCGGCGGGGGCGGGCGGCGCGGCGGGCGGCGCCGCGGGCGCGCGCGUGGACCUGGCGGCGGCGCUGUCGUCGCCCGAGGUGGUGACGGCGGCCACGGCGCCCGGCAACGCGUCGCGCCUGACUCCGCACUUGCCGCCCGCGUCGCCCGGCGCCCCCCAGGACGAUGUAAGGACCACCCUGCUCUCACCGCAGUUCGCUCAGGCAGCAAACCAAUUCUCAUCGGCAUUGACAUCAGGACAAAUGGGUCCUGUGAUCUCGCAAUUUGGUUUGCCUUCGGAAGUCACUGCAGCAGCGAACACCGGUGACAUGCAAUCUUUUUUCAAAUCGCUUGAAAACACAUCGAACACUUCUGAUAAACCCAAGGAGGAAGACAAAAAGAAAGAUGAUAAACCAAAAGAUGACAAAGGUGACAAAAAAGAUGACGACGCCGAAAUGUCACUUGAUUAA